AUGUCGACCACCGCAUGUGCGCGAGUCCUCGCCAUUCCAGAGCUCCUCGAGAACAUCCUUCUUCACAUGGGAGAUACCUACAGCCAUCCAGAGCAGUACUUCAAGCUUCUCCGAGUCAGCCGCGACUUCAAGAACACCAUCGAGGGGUCGCCGAAAGUCCGGCGUCUCAUGUUCCUCUCGCCAUGCAAGGAGAACCGACCUUACGAGGCCGUCGAGUGGCUAAUGGCAAGGCUCGGAACCUAUGGAUACAUGGCAUAUGACGAAGAGCUCAUGGAACAUCACCACAACGGUUGCGGCGUUGUCACUCAAAGAAUGCCCGGAACAGGGAUUUCAAUCCGGAGCCUGAAAGAAAGCCUAGCACGAUUCCACCGAGUAGGCGGCGACCGAGUCCAAGCGUCUUGGCGUCGGAUGAAGAUGAGCUCUGCGACGAAUUCAAGGCCAAUCCAAGUCGUGUUUCAUAUUCAGAUGGCCAACAGGACCGUGCCUGUGGGCCCGGCUCAGAAGAUGAUGGCUAAGUGGCGUUUUGACGGAGAUCAGAGACUGGAGGAUCUCUUCCGAAAAUGGUCAGAUCUUCUGGAUGUGAUCGGGAAGUGGACGGCGAAGAACGAUGGGAUGCAGCGGAAGCAUGAGCAGGAGAAUCGCGACCUCCUUGCGGAUGGACGCAGUCAGGUGAGCGGUCAUCUGGCCUGA